UGUUGUGAUUUAUAUGAAAUAACUGGAGGAGGAAGAUCCAGAAGUAUUCAAAAGGCAGUUCAGUCAAUACAUUAAGCUGGGAAUUAAUGCUGACCAGAUUGAAAAUAUGUACAAGAAUGCCCAUGCUGCCAUUCGUGCAAAUCCAGAGUUGGAGAAGAAGGCUGAAAAGGCUCCAGCACCUGCAAAGAGAUGGAACCGUAGGAAGCUUACUUUGGCUGAUCUCAAGGACCGUGUUGCACAGAAAAAUAAGUCCUAUUUGGCCAAACUUCAAGAUCAAGAUACCCAUAGUCUAACGGACUAGCAAAGAGAGCAGUGG